AUGGAAUCUUGGCCAAGUAGCAGCGCACAAACUGCAAUACCGCUGCAAACAAAUGUUGCGCAGGCAAAUUCGCCUGUAAGUUUUGAGAAAUUUAUUUUUUUUCUAAUUAAUAAAUUUGAGAUUGGUGACAAUAUUCGUUUUGCAAUCAUUGAUGCUGUCAAUGUUCGCCCAGGAAUUUGGGAUACGUCGAGAGAGAAAAUAAAUGUUCAAACAAAGAGAAAUCUAUUCAUAGAAGUAACCGAAGUUAUAAACAGACAAUUUGGAUUGAAUCCUCCGCUUUUGGUUGAAGAAGUUGAAAAAACCUUCAAAAAUCUGAAGGAUACCUAUGUUAAAACUCGAAAAAAGAUUUCUUUCAAUUGUGAUGGAAGUAUUAUCCGACCAAAGUGGAAGUUUUUCGACGCUUUGUUAUUUCUUGAUAUCCCCUUAACUCAAGUAAAUGGCAGUAUUGGAUUGAAACGCUCUUUUCCUGUAGGUAAAAUGUGUAAAUUUUUCGAUGGCUUAUUCCUUUUUCAGCGAGAACAAUUCCAACUGAUGGAUCCUAUUGCUGAAGAUGUUAAAAGAAUAAAGAAUGAAGAGUCGGAUGAAUUCAUGACAUUUUGUCGAUCUUUGUAUCAUCCAUUGAAAGAAAUAGCCCACAAAGAUCGGAUUCAAUAUCUCAAACUUCAAAAAACGAUUAUCGACCUAAUUCACAAUACUCAGAUGGAUGUUUUAACUAAAGUUGCCAGAAUUUAA